UUUCCAUAAAUCCUCUCUCUCUCUAAUUAAAAGGGCACAAAACACAUAAAAGAAGCAGCAGCAGAACACAUAGAAGAGAGAUAGACAGAUGGGUCGUUCUCCUUGCUGUGAGAAAGCCCACACCAACAAAGGUGCAUGGACCAAAGAAGAAGAUCAGCGCCUCAUCAACUACAACAGAGCUCAUGGCGAGGGCUGCUGGAGAUCUCUCCCCAGAGCCGCAGGUUUGCUGCGUUGUGGAAAGAGUUGCAGAUUAAGAUGGAUAAAUUACCUGAGGCCUGAUCUCAAAAGAGGCAAUUUUACUGAAGAAGAAGACGAGCUCAUCAUCAAACUCCAUAGUUUACUUGGAAACAAAUGGUCUCUAAUUGCUGGUAGAUUACCCGGAAGAACGGACAAUGAAAUCAAGAACUAUUGGAAUACCCACAUCAGGGUACUCCAGACGCCACUUAUAGUGGGUGAGAAUUUAAUUGGGUUUUUCAAAUGGGCCUGA